AUGGCUCGCAGCAAGGAAUUAGUCGGAGGCAUUGGCCGUCUCUCCCGCUCACAAGUAAAAGCGAAGCGCGGCCUUUUCAAGGGCGUCAAGAAAUCUUCCAAACCCGCUGCGCCCGAAACUCCUGCCUACACUGAGAAGCAGAUUGGCGGCGCGAAGAACGGCGGCAAGCGACUCGUCCCCACUAACAAGGCCUCGCGUUUCUACCCGGCUGAGGAUGUUCGCAAGCCGAAGAAGAGCCGCAAGGCGUUGAAGCUCACGAAGUUGCGGUCGACUAUCUCUCCUGGAACGGUUCUUAUCCUCCUCGCUGGUCGCUUUGCCGGAAAGAGGGUGGUUUUCCUCAAGCAGCUCGAGAGUGGAUUGCUCCUCGUUACUGGCCCUUACAAAAUCAAUGGUGUUCCCCUGCGAAGGGUCAACCAGUCGUAUGUCAUCGCGACGCAGACCAAAAUUGAUCUCGGCGACUUCAAGGUUGACGAGCAAGUGAACGACGCCUACUUCGCUAAGACGAAAGCAAAGGGACGCAAAUCGGCUGAGGAGGAAUUCUUCGCAGACGGCAAGCCGAAGGAGAAAGAAGCUCUGCCUGAAAACAAAUUAUCCAUGCAAAAGCAGGUGGACUCCGCUGUCAUUUCCGCGAUCAAAAAGGUGGAACUCCUUCCCAAAUACAUCAAGUCAUCCUUUGGCCUUUCGAAUGGUCAGUUCGCCCAUCAACUGAAGUUUUGA